AUGUGUCUGGCUAAUGAUGAGUGGAUUCACCUUUACCCUGAAUCCACCAUCACUCACCUCUCAAGAACCCACUCUGACCACUCUCCUCUUCUCCUUAAUAUGGGUUCCCCAUCCAACAGCCAAAUGAAAGCCUUUAGGGUUGAGUUUAUGUGGCUUAGUCACCAGGACUUCCCCAACCUUAUUACAGAUUCCUUCAUGGAUUGCCCUAACAUAACUGUGGCUACCUCUGAGUUUGAGAAUAGGGCUAGGAAUUGGAAUAAACUUAUAUUUGGUAACAUAUUUGCCAAGAAAAAGCACUUGCUUGCAAGAUUAUCUGGUAUUCAAAAGUUUGCCAAUUACCCUACUAGCUCCUUCCUCCAUGGGCUAGACGCAAAUUUUCUCAAAGAGUUCAACCAUGUCCUUACCCUGGAGACUGAAUUCUGGAAGCUAAAGUCUAUAAUUUUUUUGGCUUCUAGAAGAGGACUCCAACUUUAG